AUGCUAUCUCAGGGAUGUACCUACUGGGUAGUGGUGAGGGGUGAUUACCACAUCCCUGAUUUAAGAAAAGUUAUUGUUUCGUGUCUUUCUCAGUCACUAACUUCACGUGGUAUCAAAUGCUAUACGGAAUGUGUUCGAAAAGAAAUAUUAAAACUAUCACCAUCAUUAUUCCAUUUACAAUCUCAUAACGAUGAUUCUUAUCAAAUAAUUUUAAGGCCAAAGAUUCAAUUAUGUCGAAAUUUUACUCUUGAUCAUUUUCUGCUAAUUAAUAUACUUCAAUUUGCACAGUUUAAUAAACAGCUAACAUCUGUUUCAAUAUCGCCACGUGAUCAAUCGGCUAUAGAUUUUGGCCCAUCUGUUGGUCCUCCAUUACUCGAUUCAAUAGCAACAGGAAAUGAUGUUACCAUUGUUCAAUGGCAAAACCAAACUCAACCAAUUCCAACAACAUUUCAACAAGGCACUAAUCGAGGUUGUAGAAUAGCACGUGGAAAUACAAGAGUUAUACAAAAUCGAAUUACCCAUACAUCAUUUGAUUUUCAAUGUGGACGUGGUGCUUCUUCAAAUCGACGACGACCAAGAAGAUCAAGAAGAACCAGAAGGGUGCCUUUUUAUGACGGUGAUGAGGACAGCCCAACGUUUUAUGCUUUCAAUGCUAAGAAUAACUCUCACCAUCCUCCUGUAAAAAUCACACAAAAUAUUGAAUAUCAAUUGGAUAUUGUAUUGCCAGGAGAAAAAGACGCUCCACUAGUAGAUAAAGAAAUUGUGGAAUUAAUAUUGACUAAUAAAGGUUUUCGUGUUCAACAAAUAUUUAAUGAAAUAAAUAAUGAUAUUUUUCGACGAUUUACAGUUGAAUUAGAGACAAAAGAUUCUAUCGAUAAAUUAUUGAUAGAUUCAUUCUUACGGUAUGGAAAUAUUGAAAUAAAACUCAAACGUACAUUACAACCAAUUGAUAAAUAUUGUUUUAUAUUAAAAAUUAUCAUAACAGACAAACGAAUUGAUUUGUUGAGAUUAGAAUUAUAUAUUGAUAUGUUAAUUGAAAAUAAGAAAAGAAUUAUUACAGAUAUUACAAAUGAUAGGAGUAAACAAAUUUUCUUAAUCAAUUGUGAAGAAGUAGUCGAUUUUAAUAAAUUACGCAAAUUACAUUCAUUAAAGAAUAAAUUACAAAAUAAUGAUGUUGUUGUUGGAGAAUGUUAUGAAUCAGAUACAAUUUUAUUAUUGUUGAAUGAAAAGAACACAAAAGAAUCAAAAUUAUUUACAUUAGAUUUGUUAAAACAAAUGUUUUUAUCAUUAUGGUCAGAUAUUUUUAUGUUGACAAUUGAUAAAACAAAUGCUACUAUUGAACUGAUGAAUUCAGAAGUUUUAAAACAAUGGAUUUCCCGAAGUGAUGAAUUUGAAAAACAAUUUGGUGUAUUGAUCAAACCUGUUCUUCAUAUCGUUGAAGAUGAUAUUAAUUCAGAUACAAAACUACAAAUUUCAAUUGAUUCAAGAAAAAAUUUAUCUGAUACAACAAUCAUCACUCCUGUAAAACAAAUUAAACAACUUUUUAUCAUAUUGAAACCUAACUGGAUGCUAGUUUUAACUCAUUCAACAUUUCUAAUUGAAUAUAAACAAUAUAUAAAAUCUUAUUUGGGUUUUGAUGUAGAAAUUAAUGAUUCAAGAGUUACAAACAAAAAUUUAAAUAGUAAAACACGAUCUCAAUUAUCUCAAAAAACAAAUAUAUUUAUGCAAAUGUUUGAUUAUAAACAAUUACAAGCACCAUCAAUAGAUAAAUUAAAUUUAUUAAAAGAAAACUCAUUUCAAAUAUUUUAUCAAAAAAUAUCAGCUAAUAAUAGUUCAAAAGAUAUUUAUAAAAUAAUUGGUAAACGGAAUAUUAUUCAACGAUAUUUUCCAUAUUUAUACGAUUUAUCAACAUCAAAAAGACAAAUUAUUGGUCAAAAACAAGAACAAGAACGAUUAGCGGAAAAAUUAGUAACAUGCAUCAAUGAUGAAUUUCAAACGAUUCGGCAAACGUCAUUGUCACUGCCAAUAGCAAAGGAUAUUGAACAAUCGAAAAUUCCAUCAUCUAGUCUAUCGGUUCGAGAUCAUCCACCAAAUCGUAAUAUAAGAGAAAUUGAGAAAAAAAUAAACCCGAUAACUGUAGCUCAGUCAUCUUCAAUUGAAUCGAUACAAUAUUCGAUUGAAACUCAUGUACAUGUACAAUUUUUUUCAAUCAAAUUAUUUCAAGAACGAUUUCAAAAUUAUCUUCAAGGAACAUUUAAUGUUAAAAGUAUAAUUAAGCGUCAUCAUGUUGAAGAUGAACAACAAAAACAAUCAACUUCUCGUAUUACAAUCAUAAUUAGUGAUGAAUGGGCAAAAAUGCCGGAUUCCGCUCAUGUUAUUCAACAUCUGAUGAAUAGUCGAAAUAUUCUAUGUCAUUGUAUUCAUUCAAAAACUUCUCUCACUGUGUAUUUUUUUCAUCGAGAAAAUGCUCAAUUUGGUGUAGAUGAAACAAGAAUAAAUGAAAUAAUUCGAAAUGUAUUUUUAUCAGCAACAACAUCAUAUCAGACGAUAUCAUCAUCAAAAUUGGAACAAAAAUGGGAAAAACUUAAACAAAAUAUACGUAAUCGUCAAGAUUAUAAUAAAAAUAUUUGUUUUAUAUCUGAAUAUAAAUGUAUCUAUUUAUUUGGAUUAACAGACAUUGUUAAAGAAUUACAUUCAACAUUUGAAAAUUUAAAAAUAGAACAUGAACCAAAAUUAUGUAAAUUAUCAUUGAAUCCAAAUCAGAUAAAUUAUUUAUUAUAUAUUUGUAAUCAAGAACUAAAAUUAUUAGAUAGAGAACAUAGAUCAGAAGGUGUAAAAAUAAUGUUAAAAUUACGAAAUAAUGAAAUAUUAGCACCAUUGAAUAUGCAUGAAAAUUUAAAAUUACGUCUAUUAGAAUAUGCUCAAGUGGUAACAUCAACAUUUGAGAUAAAUGAUUGGGGUUUUUCUACUUUAAUUACAAAAUCACAAUUAAUUGAAAAAGCACAUGAUUGUCGAUGUUUUCUUGAUAUGAAAAUAGAAACAACAGAAAUACCAAUAAAAAUUCCAACAUCUCAUGUCACUGAUGAUGAAAAUAUCGAUGUGUUAAAAACGCGAAAAGGAGUCUCUGUUCAACAAACAAAAUUAUUAACAAGUAUUCCUAUAGAAAUGGGAACAAUUUCUAUUUAUCUUGACGAUUUAAUAACACGAAAGGAUGAUAUUAUUGUUGUUUGUUCAACAUCAGAAAUAUUAAGAAAUGCUGUGAUUGUUUCGGCUGGAAAGCAAGUAGCAACAGAAUUUUCAUCACAAUAUGUAACACAACAAAAUCAAUUAAUCUCAACAUCACCUGGGAUGUUGGGCUGUAAGAAAAUUCUUUUUAUUCCAUGGUUGCCACAAAUACAAGAUCCAGUUAUUUUACGACAGUCAAUUUCUCUGUUUGUUUCAGAAGCAGUUACUUAUGCAUGUGCUAACAAUUAUACUAGUAUUGCUUUUCCAGCAAUUGGUUGUGGAAAGUUUGGAAUAGCAGCCGAUAUUAUUGCCGAAACAAUGAUGCAUGAAGCUGAACAACAGUUAUCUAAACGUAGAAAAAAUAUGUCAAUAUCGUUUGUAUUAUUACCUGAACAACAAUCUGUAUACAAUGAAUUUUUACAGAAGUUGAAUAAACUCAAAAUUAAACAUAUAAAUCAAACUUUAUUCUCGAUUAUCACACCCAAAACAAAUGUAAAUUUAUCUUCAUCGAUGACAAUGAUGUUUGAGCAACAAGUUGUCAAAAUAACACUGACAAGUUCAAACGAAAUAAACAUGACAAAAUGUCGUCAUAUAAUUCAACAAUUAAGUAAAAAUUGUUCAUCAAAAUUGAAAUGGACUGAUAAACAUGAUUUAAAAGAUUGGUCACAAUUAACAGUCAAUAAAUAUUAUCAAUAUUGUUUAAGAAAAAAAAUAUUACCAAAUUUAGAUAUUGAACAAGGUAAUUUAGAAUUAAAUGGUCCAAAAGAUAGUGUAGAUCAAGCUGAAAAGUAUUAUUACGAAUUAGUAGCAGAUACAUUAAAAACAGCACGUAAACAGGCGAUUGAAAUAAACGAAGGUGAAUGGGAACAGUAUUCGUAUAAAUUAAAUGCUGAAAUUGAAGAUGCCUAUCAAAAGAAGCUUUCAAAUAUUGAUUUAACGAAUGAACAUUUGGAAAAUAUUCGUAUUCAUUUUACAAAAGAUCAAAUGAAUGAAGAAUAUUUAAAACGAAUACGAUUAAUUAGACGAAAACAAAUAAAUCAAAAUUUGCCAGAUAAUUGGGAAGUAUCUGAUGUCAAUUGCCGACGUAUUCAAUUACAGUCAACAACAUCAGAAUAUGCUAGUGUUUUAAGUCAAUUUAACGUAACAAUGAUUGGUCAUUAUUCACAAAUAUUAAAAAUAGAACGAAUACAAAAUGAACGGUGGUUUAAGCAAUACGCAGCACAUCGUGAUGAAUUUGAUCAACGAUAUAAUAAACAAAAUAUGAUAAAUGAAAAAUUAUUAUUUCAUGGUUGCCCAAAUGUAUCUGCUGAUAAAAUAAUACAAGAAUGUUUUAAUCGAAGUUUUGCUGGUAUAAAUGGUGUUGUAUAUGGAUGUGGUGUUUAUUUUUCGGAAAAUGCACGUUAUUCUCAUGAAUAUUCAAGGCCAAAUUUAAAUAAUGAGCGAACAAUGUUUUUGGCUCGUGUUUUAAUUGGACAGACUGCAAUUGGUAAUCAAGGACAAAAAUUUCCACCACCAGGUUGCGAUACAACAACGGAUGGGAAAGCGAUUUUUGUUGUUUAUCAUGAUGCGGCCGCUUACGCGGAUUAUCUUAUUUCAUACAGAUAA